AUGAAUGCCCUCUAUAAUCUAGCUCUAUGUCCAACUCCAUGCUCUCAUAGCACUCCAAAACAUAACACAAAGUGGAAAACUGAAGUGAAUGGGACUGCAACAGUGGCUCUCAAGGGAAAGGCAUUGUCCAGAGCAAGUUCUGUAACUGGUAAGCAAAGAAGAAUUGUCUCAGCUGCAUCUGCUACAGAAUUGACUCGUGUCAGUGAAACAAAAGGUCGACAAAAUAUCCCAACCGAGAAGCAGUUGGUUGAUCCAUUUCGUCAAGGGACCAUCACUGAAGGGGGUGUUAGAUACAGACAGACUGUUGUUAUAAGGUCAUAUGAAGUCGGUGCUGAUAAAACUGCAACAUUGGAAAGCAUUCUCAACCUUCUUCAGGAAACAGCAUUGAACCAUGUGUGGGUAUCUGGGCUACUAGGUGAUGGAUUCGGUACCACACAUGGCAUGGUAAGGAAUAACCUCAUAUGGGUUGUAACAAGGAUGCAAGUUCAAGUUGAUGAAUAUCCCAUCUGGGGUGAAGUAAUGGAGGUUGACACAUGGGUCGGGCCAUCAGGGAAAAAUGGAAUGCGGCGAGAUUGGCUUAUCAGAAGCGAUGUCACCGGAGAAGUAUUAGUUCGGGCUACAAGUACUUGGGUGAUGAUGAACCAACAAACUAGACGGCUUUCAAAGAUGCCAGAAGUAGUCAGAGCUGAGAUUUCACCUUGGUUUAUAGAAAAUAAAGCAUUUGAAGAAGAAAUUCCUGAAAAAAUAUACAAGCUGGAUACGAAUGCCAAAUUUACAAACAGCAACUUGAAGCCCAAGAGAAGUGACUUGGAUAUGAAUCACCAUGUGAACAAUGUCAAGUACGUUAAUUGGAUGCUGGAGACCAUCCCGCACAAGUUUUUGGAGAACUAUCAGCUAACCAGGAUUACUCUGGAGUAUAAAAGGGAAUGCAGCAGUUCAGACGUCGUUGAAUCACUAUGCAAACCUGAAGAAGAGAGAUUUGAAGAAAGGCAUCAAGACAGAAAUGUUGGCAAUGAAGAUUCACUAUCGUCAGCUUUAUUUCAGGAUGGUAACCACAGUAAAUCAUUCAAGGCAUACACCCAUCUUCUACAGAUUACAGGAGAUAAGGAAAGUGAAGAGAUUGUUCGAGGUCGAACCAUUUGGAGAAGAAAACUCUAGACUAUGCACUAGGUACCCAGUGAGCUCAUGCCAAGAAGAGCUGCUAGGCUAUAUAUGGUAGCAACUGUCAUUACAUAAACAUUCUAGCAGACAAGAAUGUUAAUACUUCCACUACAGCCUAGAUAGGAAUCAGGUAUAAGACAUAGUGACAUACACGAGGGC